GCUGAUAAGUGAGGAGGUGGAUCCCUGCCUGUCUUUAUUCUGCCUCUUGUUUCUCUGACAGGCUUUUUGAUCAACAAACUCCUCCGUGCUGCCUGCUCCUGAACGUGUGUCUGUGUAGCUCUAACAUGUGUUUCUUACUGUUUGUGAGAGCACGUGUACCUACUCGCUCUAUCCGAGGACUCUUAUUCAGUGGUGAGGUGACCACCUUCAGCACAGAUCCCCUUUGCACCAUGCCUCUGAGAGACUCAGUCCCGCUGCUGCUCUGGAGUUGCUGCGUACUACUGCUUGUCCACCAAUGCGAGGGUCAAGUUCUAAAUUGCACGUGUAAUGUGACCAACAGUCGGUGUGAGGAGAAUGCGGUGUGCAGCUGUGACCCGGGUUGGGAGGGGCAGCAGUGCGACGUCUGUGUUAGAAUGCCAGGCUGUGUCCAUGGAUCAUGUCACCAACCCUGGCAAUGCACAUGCGAGCCUGGAUGGACGGGACGCUUCUGCGACAAAGAUAUCCAUGUGUGUACAAAUGAGGCACCUUGCCAGAACGGCGCCACUUGUUACACAAACAUUUCAGGGGAAUACUCCUGCCUCUGCCCCAAUGGAUUUUACGGGAGGAACUGUGAGCACAAGACAGGACCCUGUCAUAAGAUCGGCAGGUCUCCAUGUAAGAAUAGAGGGCAAUGUGAGGACAGUAGCGGCUAUGCACCAGAACUCUCCUGCCGCUGCCUGGCAGGCUUCAGUGGGCCGCGUUGCGAGACCAACAUGGACGACUGCCUAAUGCGUCCCUGUGCCAAUGGUGCCACCUGCCUGGAUGGCAUCAACCGCUUCUCCUGCCUCUGUCCCGAGGGCUUCACGGGCCGGUUCUGCACCAUCAACCUCGAUGACUGUGCCAGUCAGCCCUGCCUCAACGGAGGGCGCUGCCUGGACCGUGCCAGCACCUUCCACUGCCUCUGCAAAGCUGGGUUCACUGGCAAGACCUGCGAGGUUCCCCUACGGAGCCCAGAGAGCCAAUCACCCAUCAGGAGCUCCCAUGGCUGGGCUGGGGGAGGAGAGGGCUGGGGCAGGGUGACUCAGGCCAGGCCAGACCAGAUCACAACAGGGGGGAACCAUUCUCAGGGCAGCAGUAACAGUAAUAGUGGAGACAGGCUGCUGAAGAUCUCUGUGAAGGAGGUGGUGACCCAGUGGGGGUCGUCUGGCCUGUCGGAGGUGCAGCUCAUCACCUUGCUGGUGCUGGGGGGUAUGACACUGGGCGUGGUGGCUCUCACAGCUAGCCUGGUGCUGAGGGGGCAUUGGCAGGACCGCUGUGCCAGCUGCCGGUGCGGCCCCAACCCCCGCCUGCACCCGCUGAGACACAGAGACUGCCAGCCGACCCCGCAGAGCCACCUAGUCACAGUGGAGCAGGAGUGUAAGAUCAGCUUCCUGCACACGCCCACGGCCCCCGAACUGGAGAAGAAGAAACUGAACACUGAGUUGAUUUAGGCUAGAUUUACCAUCUCCAUAGCACUGAACACAGGACAGGAGCAGAGAACAGACGGCUUUCAGCAGAGGGAAAGCCAUGCUCUAAAUCCCAAUCCUGCCUCCAUGACUGAUUGUCUUCAGUACUGACAGUCAAAAUACAGACAACAUACCAAUCUAGGUAUCGAUACCCAGAAAGACGCAGGACCAAGAAGAGACCAGUGGGUAUGUUCAAGGAGAAAUGGUAGGAGAAUGUGUUUGACACUCCUAACAAAAAGAGCAUAGUCCUAAUAUGACGGAUUAUUGCUUGACCACAGGGGUAAGAGGUGCAUAACAAUAAAAUAUACUCAAGUUUUUUGGUGACUUUUGUCACGGACAAUUAAUGUGUAAUUUGUCCAUUCUCAAAAUCUGCUGUUGCGGUUACUUGGCAUGAACUGCAUGUGAGAUAGGCGUACUGACAGACAGCUUUGGAAUGUUAGCCGAGACAAUGCCCUUGCCAUGUCAACCAAAUUGGUGUACCGGUAUUUGUCAAUGCUGUUGUAGUCACAAUAUUAGGCCAAAAUGUUAGGCUUGAAUGCAGAUGUGCAAUCCGCCCAUAUAUUUCCAAAUGGGCUCAGACAUCACAGCCUGAACAAAUUCCCUGCUUACAGCUCUGCAGUGUACAGAAUUCAGACAGAAACAAAUAUUACCUGAGUUCAUGUCAUGUUUCAACACUGUACUUUUUAUAUGAUUGGCUAAAGAACUGCAACAUAUACUUUGUUAAAUUAUAAUUGUAUUAUUUUGUAAAAAGUAAUGUCUAUUAUGUCAACAUUGAAACCUAAUUGAGAUCUGCUAUUGCUGUAUGAUGGUUACAGAUGUAGGAUCUUAAUUUGAGCCAGUUUGCUACAGUAGGAAAAUAAUCUUGCAGCAACAAAGAAAUGUGAAUUAUUAUGUGGAUUAUAAUUAAUGGACAUUUUUGUGAGGGAAAAUCAAGUCUGAAAUUACUAAAUGGAAAUUAAACUUCAGGCGCCUAUUUAAACUUCAAAUACACACGUUUUACAUGUCCUACGUUGCAGCAAAGUUCCCCAAAAACAGUGUAACCAAAUUCCCUUCCAUUUCCUAAAUUAAGAUCCUAAAUCUGUAAUAGCGAAUAAGAAUAUGGAUUUGCGCAACUGUAUUUUGAAGUUGUAAAUGUAAUUUAUUGUCUGCAAUUUAUUUGUGGAAUGUGUAUGUGUUCUUUUUUUGCAAUGAGUCUUAUUUUUUUAUACUGAAUUGUGUGCAAUAAAGUUGUGAACUAUUUCCUGUA